ACUAUCAAAUGGCCGGAGACGGGGCAGAAUUGUUGCUCGUUAGUAGCUCGUCGCCAGCAUUAAUUGCGAGAUGUAUUUCCGAUACGCGUCCGUGUUGCGCGUGUAGCUUUCGGGGGCUUUGAUUGGAAUUUGAUUCUUAUCGAGUUAUCAAACUGUUCCGUAUUCAGCACAUUUCGGUGGCUUGAGUGCAUUCCCGUGUUCGAGAAUAGUCACACCGGCCCGGGUGAUUUGGGGCGCCGCGAUCGGUCCUAGCCUGUGUCUCUAUUGCCAAAUGUGGAUUAAACCAAACAAUUGUGCUGUGUCAUUUGUAACAUUACGGCCAGCGUGAAUGUUUGCCAACGCAUUUAGGUUUUGCGAGCCACGAAAUUCGCCGCUCCGCAGCAGCGAUCGUUGGACCCCAAAAGCUGCUCGACUUUUUCCGUCUCGACAUACUUCUUGUGGUGGGUUGGGAAAUGUGUGGUGCUGAGGCCAAAUCUCGAUUGGAGUAUGUGCUCUAAUUUGUGAAUUACCUGCAAAUGGAAGAAUUGCGAAAAUUGGCAUGAAAUGUGCCUCGAACCACUUCACGCCGUCUGCUUGGAUUGGUGACGCCGCGGCUCCGUGCGAUGGGAGUGGUGGAGUGGUGAACAGUGAUCGACUCGGAUGAGGAGUCAAUUUGCGAAUUGAAAAGGUGCACAAAUAUGUAAACAUAAUGGCAAAUUGGAGCGAAUGAUUGCCUGAAAUUGUGUGAAAUGGAAGGAAAACGAAACUCGGCCGGCGGAAGAUAAUAUGUGAUAGAAGGGAACAGAAUCGGCGGUGGCUUUGUCGUUCGCUAUGAGAAUUUAUGCGAAUAAAAAUGUCGACGCUUGCGUAAUCACUUUGCGGUUUUCGUACACAUCUAUUUUUUGUGUGUAGAGGCGUGCGAUCGCGCUAGAUUUUUCCGUCUGAAUUCGAAUCAGAUUGAAAGUGGAGGAACGCUGUCCGGGCGGAAUGAAUGAAUGAUCGGGAAACAGGCGUGGAUGGCAUGAAAACCUGGGAAAAUUGAAACCGGUGUCGCUGCUGCUCGGUGUGUCUGUGCAAUUCAUUGUCCUAAUUUCGGUGUUAGAGGGCGGAAUAGCGACGGGGGAAUACAUACACGACAACCGCCAAUACACUUUGAUACGUUCUACCAAAAAUAACUGAUAAAAAGUGCUAAUCAUAAUAAGAGUGCACCAAACUUCACGGAAAGUGGAGAAAAGUCAUUUUUAUUUUUAUCUCAAUUAUUUUCAUGUGAUUUAAAUCUGCCUACAAAUAACCGCGAUAAUAAAUACUUUUAUUUGUACCCCCACGACCCUGCCUGCCCCAAGUGCGGCUGGCAACUUCGCAGACGCACAGUGUUUCUCUUGCCCAGGAGAUUAUUGACGUACAACCAUAGAGAUAUCAGGAGAAACGUUAAAUCUUCCAAAAAUCAAUAGCACAAAAGCAGUUAUCAUUAAUUCACAUGGGAUUCUGUGGCGUUGUUUUACGGCUACGUGGUCCACAUCGAACCUGUCCAAAAUGACGUCACAUUCAUCAUCAACGAAUUCAAAUAAUCCAAGCAGUGGCAACCGCGACGGUGUUGUCCUGCAGGGCUAUCAUAAAAAGCUAAAAACUAUGAAAAAGAAAUAUUUUGUGUUGUACUCGGAGAAUGGUGUGAAAUCAGCUCGUCUCGAAUACUAUGAUAGUGAAAAGAAAUUCAAAGCACGUUCAAGUCCGAAGCGUAUUAUCAUCUUAAAGAAUUGCUUUAAUAUUAAUCGUCGUUUGGACACAAAACAUAGCAACGUGAUAGCUUUAUCGACUAAGGAGGAGGUUUUCUGCAUUGUGCUGGAAACAGAAGCAGAAUUGAAUGAAUGGUUACGGGCGCUUUUGGCCCUACAACGCGGUGAAGAUACAGAAUCGGAUCCACCGAAACCAUUUUUCGAACACGUUUGGCAGGUCCAAAUGCAACGAAAAGGAAUAGCCGAAGAGAAGGGGCUUGUCGGAAAAUAUUAUGUAUGCCUAACGACUAAAUCAGUAACUCUAGUCCGAAUUGGGGCUCAAACAACAACACUUGGCGAAAAUCGGCCAGCUAGUGUGGAAUUUUAUCUAACAACCAUAAGGAGGUGUGGUGAUUCACAAUGCUUUUUCUUCAUGGAAGUUGGGCGGCAUAGUGCCCUUGGUGCUGGCGAAUUAUGGAUGCAAACAGAGGACUCGCUUAUUGCGCAAAAUAUGCAUACAAUGAUAAUAAGUGCGAUGUCUUCGUCAAAAAACAUAGAUGAUGGUUUUGGUCCAAUGUCGCGGAAACGCUCGUCGUCAGCUAAUGAGGCAUCGAAACCCAUUUCAAUGACAUACCGACGGCAAACGCAUUCUGGUACCAAACCAAUGAAUUCAUCACCACUGAACGAAAGUGCGAGUGCAGCUUCAUCUACUAUUAGUUCUACUAGUACUGUCAUUCAGAAUCCAAUCAUAAAACCAUCAACAAGCAAAGCGCUGGAAAUAUCCCAAACUUCGGUUUCCACAAACAGCUUAAAUCCUUCCACAACCACUCAACAAGAUUUAACUAAUCCCCAACAAUCUGCAAUGACAACAAUGUGUCACCAGAGAACACUAUCGUUGCCUAAUGGUGACCGAUCCGUUAAUGACGGAAUCAACGCAACCAACGCUAGUACAAAACUACUUAUUCAUGCCACUAUCACACACGAUAUAAAUGGAACAUCAGAGAACAAUAACGGUUGUAAUGAACAACAAUACGUACAACCAUGCCAUCAACGUACUCGAUCACUCCCUUUAACAGAGGAGACUUCUUGUGAAAUUGGUUCAUUUCACCCAUCAUCUCUGGCAUCAACAGCGGCUGCACUAAGAUCAUUUUCUAAUAACAAUAAUUUGUUAGCGAAGAAUCACUGCAAAAGUUACCCAAAUCGCAUGGGAAACUCUAAGAUAAACGGUUCCUCCUUGUCUUGUACGCCUACUUUGCUGGCGUCGAGUUCAUCUACUUGUAGUGGCCAUUCGAUGGGUAACAUGAAUAGUGUAAGACGAAAAUUGAGUUGUUCAGGACAAUUCGGAGGAAAUGGAAUAGGAAUUAACGUCGUACAUUAUAUGAAUGGGCAUAGUGUUGAUGAAGUUGUUCGCAACGGCAUGAAUGAUAAAAACAAUAAUAGCAAUGUCGCGACUACUGCAGACUCUACAAAUCGUAUAUCUGCGGAAUUGAAUGCAGCAUCUUCCGAUGCUGUCAUAAAUACUAUUUCAAUGAGAAAUGGUCUGGUCACUAUCAACAACUCGUCAAAGCCGUGCGCUAAUAACGCUUCUGCGAGUAUAGGUUCAACAACGACAUUAACGAAUCCGGUUAUUAUGAAAAGUAAUAAAUGCAGCUCACCCACGCUUCUACGAAGGGGCCGGAACAUUCGUUCAUCGCGAAUUGUGGCAAUUGGUCGCGAUCGUUGCGAUAGUUUGCCAUCAUCAAGACAUCGAACAGCUAGUGAAUGCAGUAACUCUCAAUCAAUUACAAAUUCAUCUAUGCCGCCGCCAGCACGGCCAGUACUUUCUAACCGGCCACUUUCUAUGUGUAUUAGUAGCAGACAUCAUAGUCCUCCGCUGAGCACGCUAAGUCCUUCAACCGGAUGUUCAGAAAGCGAUGGAUCGUCGUUGAGCAUUGAUGAAACGGAUAGUUGCGUUCGACCAAUAACACCAGACGAAAGUGGAAAUUUUGUGGGACGAUAUUUCAAUUCACAUCCCUCUGAUGGAGUUAUACCCGAGGAAAAUUAUGACGACCCAUGGUUUAUAGACAAAUCAAAUGUUCGCACACUGGACAACAUGAAUAAUGCCAAUGGACGCUUAACAUUACCGAUAUCGACUACACACAGUGUUCAUAGUAUGCGUAAAACGAGCCCGGCUGCUUCUCAAGCUGGUUCUGUUGAUAUGCAAAGUCAAUAUAUGGACAUGUUCAGCCCGUAUAGUCCACCUGGGACAUCACCCUGCGAUCAAACUGUGAGUGGAUUUAUGCCAGUCUCGCCAAGCACAGACUUUCCUCGGGGUUUGUAUACGGGAAGUUCGGGAGGUCACAGUCGCGCAUCGAGCUUAGCAGAAGAAACAGUAGAUGGCUAUGUACCAAUGUGUCCCACUCAAUUGCAAGAUUAUGUAGAUAUGGAGCAAUCGUCGAAACAUCACACUGGCGGAGCACUGAGCUCAGCGGCUUCCAGUUGUAGUAUAACAUCGGGUACACCAUCGACUGAUAUAAGAUUUGCCGAGUACCCAUUAGAUAAAGUGAAGUCAAGGUUUACUCCAGACGAUGAAGAUCUACAUCCUGCAAACGAGCGACCAAUUCGUGCAUAUUCAGUUGGCAGUCGUCCUGAGCAUAUCAAACGUAAACUUCGAGUCGAAGCUCCGAACACAGCUGAUCAGAAUAAUUCAAGGGUUCGAGCUUUUUCCGUCGGCUCGCGUGCUACUAAAGUUCCACGAUGUGAUCUGUAUCGCAACGUUCUAGGUCCUAAUCCAAUAUCCUGUCAAGUCAAUAAUAACAAUAUCAAUAAUAACAACAACUUAAGUGACAUUUUAGGUGGAAAUAAUAAAAAUAAGAAAUCAUCCAGUGCACCUAUCCUAGUUCAUAAAAGUCAGAACUCUGUAGACCGCAUGAGCGAUUUGAUGGAGAUAGACUUUUCAAAGAAUUCCGAAAAUCAUAAUACCAGUAAUAUGAAUAGUAAUAGCCAACAUCAAAGCCAUAGUCACAGCCAAACAACGACAGCAGCAGCACGAUAUUCAUCUUAUCCAUUAUCAGUUCCUAGUGCCCAGCAAAAGCGAGAGUUCUUUGAAAAUUCUCCGAAGGCCAAUUCUUCUGGUUAUUUAGAAAUGAAACCAGGAAGUUUAACGGAGAAGCCUUCACCGACCUCGGGCCAUAAAUCGAUGGAUAGUAGCGGUUAUUUGGAAAUGAGACCAAUUGGUGCAACUAGGACAUCCAGCCUAUCCAGUUCCCCGAUUAAAGCGUCAACGAGUGCUCCAAAGUCGAUAUCAAGUGUAACUGAAGAGGCGAACUAUACGAAUAUGUCGCCUAGCAUACCAUUUGUAAUGCAGAGAAUGGACUCUGAAGACUAUAUGAAUAUGAGCCCACAUGAUAAGCACUGGGAUAUAGAUAAUUACCCUAGAAAAUCAACAAGCACUCCUGACGGUUACAUGGAAAUGUCAUUCAAUAAAAAUCGAAGUACUGAUAGCGAACAUUCUGUGAGUAAAGGACCUACGGGCAUCAACUUGUUAGGGGAAGUGCGCAACGCUUCUUUACCAAUUGACAUUGUUUCGAAGGAAAAAUCUGGUGGAUUGUCUUUUACCGAUAUCUUCUCAAAAUUCGCUCGUAGAAGUGAUUCGCACGAGAGCGAUGUCGUUGCCCCUAUACCGCUUCAUCCUAAUUCUAUUUUCUCAUUUAGUCCCGGAAGUCCAGUAAAAGGCUUCGUUCAAAAUGAUUUUGCACAACGAAAAUGUUUUGUAGAUGCUACUAGUGGAACGGUUACUUUGUCGGAACAGAAAGGCAACGCAGAAUCAGUUCGAAACCCGCAAGUGCCAGCGUUAGAUUCCAGUAUGGGGCAAAGUGCACGAGCACCGGACAAAGAGAAAAUUUUAAAUACUGAUGUGAACGCCUCUAAAAAGCCUGCUGAGAGUGUGGAGGCCUUGAGUAACGAUUAUGCAGAUAUGUCACUAGGUUCUGGCAAUCCUAAGAAAAAAGAAAGUGUUGAGGAAAUGUCAGUCUCUGAUUACGUAAAUUAUAUUCCUCCCACUACAACGGCUGCCCCUAAACCUAUUAAAGUUGCGCCUAAACAUGACUAUGCCAUUAUGAGUCAGAGAAACUCGACAUUUGCAAAGAAAUUCGGUCAACAAAAUGUUCAAAACAAAAAGCAACUACUGGUGACGAUUGCCGGCGAUGGCUCAAACUCCUUCACCGGCUUCAAACCUAUUUCUUCGAGCACCGACGAAUCUUUGAAAAAUAGCUUGAAGGGAGUAAGUUCACCUAAGAGUGUAAAUCGACAGUUGUCUGACCAGUCUCGGCCUUUCGACGAUAACUCUUCAGGCUAUGAACUGUUGCAGAUGCGUAGCGAUAGCUCUCUACAGACAAAAAAGAUACUUUCUCGUCCGAAUUCCGUUAACAGCGAGAAGAUAUCGCCGUCUAAAACGAUUAAUCGACCGAACUCGGCGAACAGUGAGUGUAUGCCAUCAAUUUCGACUUCGUCUUCUACGUCAACGCUGUGCGGUUCGUCAUCGUCAUCGUCAACAUUAUGUGGUAGUAAAAGCCAAAGUCCUCUCACUAACUCUCGUCCGCAGUCAUUUAGCGAUACGGUUGUGGGAGGAGUGACAACAUCUCGUCCGGAAUCUGUCAGCUCAAUAGCGGAUCCCGCGAUGUCAUCGAGGCCUCCAUCAGUAAGUUCUGAGCGUGAAAUACUCUAUGCAACCCUAGAUCUGCCGCCAUCAUCAAACAACUUUAUAUCAUCGCCCACAUGUAAUGUGGAUCGCACUAGUAGCACGAAUGUCAGGGGAAAUUCGUCGACGUCCGGAGAGUCAUCAACUAGUCCCAGUCCUAAUGCGAAUGGCGGCCAGCAGCAACCGACAUUUGGCUACGCCCAAAUAGACUUUGAUAAAUGCGAAAGCCUCAAGUUGGCUAUGAAUGCCGCGAAUAAUCAAAAGAAUCAAUAAUGUAAUUUAAAAGAGGAACUCUGAGUGGUGUUGUUUAAAUGAUGAAACGAUAUUGCUAUGGUUUUACUUCUUUUUGUUUUUAUUCAUGGAAACUGCCAAAACUGAAUUAUUUAUGAACACUAGAAAAUCGACAGGAAAAUAGCUGCUUUGCGAGAACCUUUACACCAGAGUAAUAGAAAAAAUAGGAAAAUCAAAUACUGGUAGGCUUUAUGUAAAAGAAUCUUAAUCUGUUCCCGCUCCUGUUUUAAUUUUUUAAUUAAGUGCUUCAAAGUGUCUACUUUAUUAUUAUUGUUUCUAAUCAAAUCAACCAAUCAAUCAGAGGUAAGGCGAGAAGACAUAAGUGCAUGAUGAUGUAUGUAGUGCGGUACAUAGGAUCGGAAUGCAUGUAUUUAGCUAUCACCGCGUGCACUGCAGAAAACGUUCAGACGUUCAGAGAGAAAUCUUGAUGAAAGCAAAAUACGAAAGUCUUGUUUCUACUAAGUUAUAUACAUUCUUCCUAUUAAAUGCAAUUAUAUAUUUUUCCUCUUUUUUGUUACUUUUACAUUAUUGAAUUAUAUGUAAAAAUUAAACUAAUAUCUACCCACUACUACGUUAAUACAAGUUAUCGCUACUAUUAUUGUGUAUAUUGCAAUGAAAAAGAAAUGAUUUUAUUAUAAAUGGAACAAAGUUGCAUUUUUUGUUUGUGUGAUUGAUUAUUUUGUAAUUACGGACGGGAAGUUUGAGCGUUGAUCCAAUGAAAGGAUGUUUUUUGCUUUGUCCUUAGCAAAUACUUGUAGUGUUUGAACUGAACCAGUUAUUUUUUGAUUGGGAUUUGUGGGAUGUGUGGGAAGCGUAUAACGCCCACUCACCAUUUCGUUGGGGGAUGUUGAUAUUGAAAAUGAGAAAUUUGAAAAAGUGAGAAUUGAAUGCCUUUUGUUUAGAUUUGUUAAUAUACUUUGUUUCUUUUACAUAUGUACGCAUAUGUCGUGUUUAUUUUUUUUAAUCUGCCCAAAUAGGUGAUUGGUAAGAAUAUGUCAUGAAAAGAAUUGAUGCAGGAUUCAUUUGCGUGUAACUUCUGUUAGAUACACGAAUUGUUUCAGAUAGCAAUAGUUCAUUUCAAUUUAUCGUAUAUUUUUGGUUAGAGUUUUGCUUUUUUUCUAAGUAUAAUGCAACAAGAAAUAUAUAUAAAGCUGUUGUGAAUUAACUCUCCCCACGAGCAUUCAAUAUUGUAAUCGCAUCUAAUUCUUAUAAAAACUGUUAAAACUAAAAAUACAAUUGUGCAGUUUCGUAUCAAUAGACGCGACCUUUUAAGGGGGUUUCCUAUGUGCCGCGCGAUAUUUUAUCCCGUUUUUAGAAUGUUUUUUGGCAAUAAAUAAAUGUAAUCUUUCUAUAUGUCAUUAUUGGGAUCUUGAAUUCUGGUAUACAAUUUUUAAUUGACGAAUUUGUUAAUCAUUUGUAUUUGUUUUUUUACGGUCAAAGCGGGUCUUCUAAAAAAAGUGAGUUGCUGGUGGGAAGCACAACUCCAUUUGUAGUAAGCUGCAGCCAAAAAUUGAAACGCUUUCUUAUUCUGUGUACUAUUGCCGCUAUGGCCCGAACCACAAAUAAAAAUAAGAUAUUAUUAACGGAAGGAAAUAAUCGUGGUUCGGGUAAGAACUACAUAUAUUUAAAAUAUUAUGUAAAAAUUUGAGCUCGAUCGGUUGAACAGAAUUUUAGUUGUGCUUGCCACUAGCUUUCAUUUUUCGGUUUUGAGAAAAAUGCGUUUAAAGUUUUCAUUUGGUAUGCACCCCAACAUGGCUUUUUUAUUUUCUAUUUGUUGUAACUUGGUAAAUGUUUCGAAAUUCGAUCGGGAAUUUCGGCUGCAUACUACCAAUACAUUCUGCUUUCAAAAUAUACACAUAUAAAAGAAAAAUCGAUUUCUGGAAACCGUCGCAUAGGAAAACUCCCUUAAAAUUCGGUAGGUAUUUUCGAUAAUUGCUUCAAAGAUAUAUCGCAUAUUCUCCAGUGGUGUUCAACGGAUUUUUCGCGAAAAUUAUAAUAUUAGGUUAAAGAAAAUGACUUCGUAUAUUUUCAUUGCAUUCGAAUUAAUCUUUAGGUUUUGUGUAAAAAAAGUCUUAUUAAAAUUGGUUUAUUGUCUGCCUGUAUGUCUGCCACAUGCACUACUCCCAACAAUGGCUACAUCGACUCAAACGAAAUUUGGUGGGCAUAUUAAAAUUAAAAGUCUGGCGCAUACAGUGAGUGGCGCGCAAUUGUGCGGAGUUUAAAAGAGGCUCCCCAUAUAUGCAAAACGAGCUUGAAAAAUGGAUGGAAAGUUUCGACUGAUACUUUCAUUAGUAGAUUUUAAUUUUGAUAUCGGUGGCGGAAUAGGGAAGCAAACAGGCAAAGAGUACAAACUCAAAGUGAAAUAGGAUUAAUUUUUACAAAAUUUUCGUUUAUAUGAAAUCUAAGGAUCAGAAUAUAUCCCAUUCCAAUAUAUACCAUAUUCAAAUAAAUUAAAUAGUAGUAUAUUACCAAAUUUCUGAAAUUGAUCAGAAAAUCCCAUUGAGUUCGUCCUAGGGGUAUCAAAUUGACUGCAGCAUGAAAAUUGAUAUGGUCUAUAGUACUGGAAAGUUUCGUGCAAAUUCAGCUAUUACUAACAAAGUUAUAGCAGAUUGAAGUUAUCAAUUUCGUACAAAUUUAGUACAUCUUAAUCGACAGACAUGUAAUGUUGCCGCUAUAAUUAACCUGGAUCGUAUUGAUAUACUUCCCAGAAUGAAUCACAUAGUUGAAUCUUCAGCUAUGUGAGAUUGUCAUGUUAGUUACUACCGUACCCACAUAAGAAAACACGCAGCCUUUCAUGCAGCUUUCAGUUUCCUGAUUUGUUUAAUAAUAAUAAUAAUCGUAGGCGCAACAAUCCAUGUUGGAUCAGGGCCUUGAAGUGUGUUAGAGUACUUCAUUCAAGACCGUAACGGUAC